AUGGCGUCGACGUUCUUUACCUGGCUGCGCUCUCCUGCUGCUCGUGAAUACUUCUUCAGCACCCACUUCUGGGGACCGGUCGCAAACUGGGGACUGCCGCUGGCUGCCUUGGCCGACCUGAAGAAGGAUGAGGACGUUAUUUCGGGGGCAAUGACAACCGCCCUUGCUUCUUAUUCUAUGGUCUUCAUGCGCUUUGCUUGGCGUGUGCAACCACGAAAUUACUUGCUCUUCGCUUGUCACGCAACAAAUGCGACCGCGCAGACCGUCCAGGGCGGCCGUUUCAUAAACUAUUGGUACAUGGGUGGCAGAGAAAAGGCACAGUCAGACAAGGACAUAGUUGCAAAAUAG